AUGUUUCGCCUCUGGAGCAGUUCCCAUCACCAAGACAAUGAUCCGUUGCAGCAUGAAGUGAAGAUCAACGAGCUGAAGGCUGCAAUUGGACCGCUAUCUGGGCGUAGUUUACAGUUCUGCACUGAUGCGUGCUUCAGGAGAUAUUUGGAGGCAAGGAAUUGGAACGUAGACAAAGCCAAGAAAAUGUUGGAAGAAACACUUAAGUGGAGAUCAACCUACAAGCCUGAGGAAAUCUGCUGGCGCGAAGUUGCAAAUGAGGGUGAGACUGGAAAAGUUUACAGAGCAAGUUUUCGUGAUCGUAGCGGGAGGACUGUUCUUAUACUGAGACCAGGAAUGCAGAACACGGUAUCAAUAGACAAUCAAAUGCGUCAUCUAGUCUAUCUCAUAGAGAAUGCUGUCUUCAACCUUCCUGAGGGCCAAGAACAGAUGGCGUGGUUGAUAGACUUCACCGGGUGGACGCUAAGUACUACUGUGCCUGUCAAAUCUGCACGAGACACCAUCAAUAUUUUACAGAACCACUACCCUGAGAGAUUAGCCGUAGCAUUUCUCUACAACCCCCCGCGGAUUUUUGAAGCAUUUUGGAAGAUUGUCAAGUACUUCUUGGACAACAAGACAUUCCACAAGGUCAAGUUUGUUUACCCUAAGAAUAAAGACAGCGUGGAGCUUAUGAAGCAAUAUUUUGAUGAGAAAAAUCUCCCUACUGAGUUUGGAGGGAAUGCCAUACUAAACUAUGACCAUGAGGAGUUCUCGAAAUUAAUGACUCAAGAUGAUGUGAGAUCAGCUGCCUUUUGGGGUCGCGAUGACAAGCUACCACAUUAUGGUAAUGGGCAUUCUGGAGCUGAGGUGGCUCCUGAACCGGUGUGCCUUGCACCGGUAGCCAGCUGA